GGAAAAAACCAAACUUCACUUCAAUUUCAUCACAUAGUAUCAACCCAUCAAUCAAAUAAAAUAAAAACAGUUUGAAGAAAAGGUAAAGAAGGGAUUUUGAUAAGAACCCAUUAAGGAAUUAGAGAAGAGUAUUAACACCCUUUUUGUCUUCUCCAUUUGAAACCCUUUUCCUACAAUCAAACACAAUGAAUCUCCUCUUUUUGUAGUAAAUCAUUGCUUACACAACAGUAGUGUAUGCUGUGUCACGGGACGGCUGGGAUACAUCCGGUGUAUCAACUAGCGGCUGUGAUUUCUCCCUCCCCUCCCAGAUGUAUUCGAUCCAGUGGAUGUCAUUGGCACACCACCUCUGGAAAGAUAAAAGAGAAUCCGUUCAAUAUCUUUUGUAACGCCUCAAUGAGGCCUGUAUUCACUCUAGGCGAUUCAGUUCUUCCAUUAUCUGUGAUUGAAUCUUCGAUUUCCAUUAAUUGGAUUUCUCAAUAGCAUCUAAGGGUCGCUCGGAGUUCCCCUUCAAAAAAUUUCACAGCUUCUGAAAUAAGUAACGGUUCUAGGGUUUCCUUAAUAAUUAGAAUUGCGAUGAGAUUGAUUUAUUGGUGAAAUCAAAGCAAAAAAAACGUACGCCAUGGAUUUCAUUGCCUGCUACCUCUAUAAAUUGUCUCCAAAAAUCACAGGAAAUCAUCAGUCUCACAGAUUCACCAUCUUCCCAAUCAAAUAGAGAAAUGGUGUCACAGGUUACUUGCAAUAUUCAUAAGGUUGGACCCUCAGCCACACAGGACACACUCAAGAGCUUAUGAUCGCUUGACGAAGGAAAAACAAGCAUCGUUACCAUCCGUGUUACCCGGAAAUGGGAAGAGUUGGACUUCAUGUCGACCAACGACGUUACCAGCAUUGAUAUGGUUAUUGUUGACGAGUAGGGGGAAGAAUUGCACGUUGUCAUACCCAAAAAUCUUAUUUGGAAGUUUGAUAAGCUGAUUCGGGAGGGGUAUCUGUACUCUAUGCAGAAACUACACUUGGCCACUGCUAAGCCCAAGUUCCGUCCUGCGCACAAUGAGAAGCGGGCCUUCUUCCGGAGAACCACCUCUGUUUCUGCUUUGGAUGUGUAUUCUGUGUCCAUUAUUCCCUAGAAAUUCUUUUUCACUGAGCUUGAAGCCAUAGAAUCAAACCUCCAGAACAUACAUCUUACAGAUGUGGUUGGGUUCUUAAAAACUGUCACGAACAUCCAGGUGCUUCAAAGGUCCGGUGGGCAACCAAGCCGAAUGCGCGAGAUCACAAUUGAAAAUCUCAGGGGCACAACUAUGAAAAUUGCUAUAUGGGGUUCUGCCGCCAACCAAGCCGCCAACGUUCUCAUAUGUAACGCCACCACCACCCAUGUGCUGAUUGAAAAUGGUUGGCACUAUCUUACCUGCCAUCGGUGUAGCAAGAAGGUUAUGGGUGACGAUGGAGACCUUCGGUGCACUAAAUGUGAAGCCAAAGUUGAAAUGCCCAUUGCAAGGUUCAUGGUCCGCUUUGAGGUGGAGGACCACACUGGCACCACAGUGUUUGUAGCUCUCGAUAGUGAAGUUCAGAAAUUGGUCCGUUCUACCGCAACUGAGCUCACCAGGAGCGUCAGAGGAUAAUGCAAAAUCUGCGAUAAUAUCUGGAUUCUCGCAGAUACUAAAGCAAGCUGUUGAUUUCCAAAUUACUAUCAAUUCCUUCAACAUGAAGCAAAAAAUACCUUCCAGCUUCACCGUCACCCGCAUUCACUCCCCUACUCUGCCAGGCAAAGGUGUUUUGGCGACUGUGAAAGUUGAAGCGGAUUCAGACAUUGUUGAUGUACCACACACGAAGAAACCUCGCCUUGACGAAACAACUGGGGUGGAGGAUAUUAAGGAUGAAGUAUCCGAAUGAGUUGGGCAUCGCCAAUGGAUUAUAUAUGAAUAAAACAUUACAUGAAUCUUUGUCCAAUAUUGUUAUUUGCUUUCUGUUUUCUUUGUUUCAACUCCAUGUUUUGCAGUUUGCUUACGGCCUUGAUAACAGUUAUGCUCUAUUAUCAGGUUCCACGUUACAACACUAGGUCUUUUUUUUAUAAAAGUUUCAGAACCUUAAUUGUCCA